AUGUUCCCAAGAGCUUGUUACAAAUGCGGUGAGACCGGUCACAUUGCUGACGACUGCCAGCAACAGGAAAGAUUGUGCUACAACUGUCGCCAGCCAGGCCACGAGUCGAGCGCUUGCCCAGAGCCAAAGACCACUGCUUCUAAGCAGUGCUACUCCUGCGGUGAUGUCGGCCACGUCCAGAGCGACUGCCCUAACGCUUCUCAGGGCUCCAAGUGUUACACUUGUUCUGAAUUUGGUCACAUCUCCAGAGAGUGUCCUCAGGCUGGGUCUGCUCCUGCUUCUUCUGCUCCACCAAGAAGAACCGCCAGAUUCUCUGGUAAAGCCACCACCUGUUACAAGUGCGGCGGUCCAAACCACUUUGCCAAGGAUUGCCAGGCUGGCUCUGUCAAGUGUUACUCUUGCGGUAAGACUGGCCACAUCUCCAAGGAGUGCAACUUGGCCACCGACAAGUUUGCCAAGGCUUGCUACCAGUGUGGUAAGACUGGCCACAUCUCGAAGAACUGUGUUUCUGUGAACUAA